AUGUCGUCUUCACCAACUUCCCCGCGGUUCGCGUUCAGAACCUCCUGGCAUGACCAAAUCCGUGAGACAGGGGCUGUCGAUCGUCUCAAAGAGGGACGCUACGAUCAGUUCCCGCUCCAACAGGCCCAGGCCUUGACAAACAACAUCCUGGCCAACAGCGUCCUAGGCAACGGCUUCAACGUUCUUGGAAACUCGUUCUUCAAUCGUGGAGUAACACCUGGAACUCUGGACGCCGAUAUCUUGCUGGUCAGCAAGUUGGAUCCCUUCAGAAACGAAAGCUUUGCACUCGAGGCUGGAGUCCUUGCUUGUUUCCAUGCCUUUUCACACGAGGGCGCCCGUGGCCAGGUGCGGGAGGCACUUAGAAGAUGCGAGAUUCCUGGUCCUUUUUUCCUACACCAGGCCCGAGCCUACCUCCAGUUUCUGAUCCUGGCAAGCGAUAUACGACACGAAUUUGUCCCUAACGAAGUACCCGUUCUUGCCAAGGCUCUCUUCAAUCUAGUCAAAGAACGCGAACCAGAAGAACCCUUCCCAGCGAUCUUAGGGCAUCUCCACCAUAUUGGAAAAGAGUCCCUCGACGACUACCUCCCACUGCACUUGGUCGAAAUGAUGCUGUGCUACGCCGACUACAAGGAGAAACUCCGAAUCAAGCUAAACGAAUUAAAAGACUCUUGCCAAUGGCAUUCUGCAUACAGGCUGGUGGCCGGGGCAAGUCAACUGGCAUUCCUCCCUGCCAAAGCCCUACUCCGCUACGCAUUGCCUGAUAGAAACUGGUGGAUGCCGUGGCAACCCAACCUCGAUAGGAUCCGUGAAUGGGAGACACGGCUCUCUGAGAAAGAUCGAUAUCGACUUGUUGUGGUUUUGGAUCUGGAGGGACCAGAUACUACAGGGGGGCAACAGCGUCAUCUUCUACGACACUCAUGCUGUGGCAUUUUUAGCCCGGCUGCCGACACUUUACCCCUAAAAAACGGUCGACAUAUAAUGGACAGUCUCAUGACUGUUGUCGAUCGUGCCAUCGCCCGAGGCUCCGAGGCUAUUGGACUUAUCGUCACUAUGUGCAUCAAGCCUCGAAGGGUUGAUUGGCAAACUAUUGAGCGGAUCGAGGCAGCCUUGGAGCUACGAUCUCCAGAUGACAUCCGUGCAUUGAACACCUACGUACGAGCCUUUGAAAAGGGAGACCUGUCUGGCAAGGUUCAGGCUUGCACUGAUUUUCUCAACACAGUCACGGCUGCACCUCAACUACGAAACCUCUAUGGUAGCCCGAGAGAUCUUGCCGGUCCGGGAUGCCACGUCUUCAUGGAAGCGGUGGAAUACCUAUACAGACAGCUCUGUGAACGGCAAGCCAGCGAGAGAUUCGCCCUUGCCACGGGUGGUCUUGGCCGUGCCCUUGCUUCUGCUACAUGGCUUCAUGAGCUUUGGGAUGACGUCUUCGUCGAGGGUUUGAAAGGGGUGCCCAGCGAUCACUACAUCUCGAAUGCGUUUCACCUCCUUCGCACUGCGUCAGAGGUUGAAUAUCCUAUUCACCGUGACGACCUUGCGUAUUGCUUGUGUCUCUCAAAACGCGAAGAUGCCGCUGCGGCAGAUGUUACACGCUCCUCUCGCCUUGGUGAUGACCUUAUCCGGUCGAUCCCUCUUGAUACCGACCGCGGUCUGCUUCGAGACAAGUUGUGUCGAGAGGUUCGCGAGGGAUUUAGCCCAGAUGAGGCGAUGGCAUGUGUGAAUCAGAGCAAAAAGGAGCAUCCCAGCUUCGUCAAGAAAAUACGCGAGCUCAUCACCCAAGAAAACAACGACAUGUUGUGCGUCAACAUGGCAUGGUAUCUGAGCCGGAAUCACAACAUCCCCAACGCAAAGCGUCCAGCCGAGUGUUGGCGACAGCUUCUCAUGCACAAAAUGCGGCAGAGAUCCCCCGGGCUUCUCGAACGAGUCGGUGACGCUCUUCCCACGUCCAAGUUGUGGGUAGACUGGCAGACUCACCUACGGUGGCUGUACCAAGACAGACACUACGAUCCAGAGGGGGGACUUGGGUUCACGCCUGAAAAGUUCAAUGCGGUUACGGUUCGCAAGAUGGGGGGGCUUGGGAGGUCAGUGAGCAUGAGCACAAGCUCGACGGGGAGCAGUGGAGGAUAUCCGUAUUUCGGGAGAGAUUUUGGUAGGGACUAA